AUGGAUACAGCUUCCCCCAAUGGAUGUACAAAGAUCAAGAAGAAAAACACGCCGGGCUACUCCAGGACAGGCUGCCUACAAUGUAAGAAAUUGCACACCAAAUGCGACGAGAAGAAACCGUCUUGCAACAGAUGUUUGAAACGGAACAGUGAAUGUACUUACAGGAUGAAUUUCAUCUCAACUGCAUAUUCCAGCAGCAAAGGCAUGAUCAGCUUCAGUGUUGGCGACGCUGCUCCAAGCAGACCUGUCGCCAACGGGAGUCCGCCAAGAACUCCAGGUGGUGCUGCUGCAACAAAAAAUUGCAGCAAUAAGCAUAAGUUCAAGAUACAGAUGAACACUUCACAGUUCAAUCCAGAGCAAAAUAAACCGCCAUACAAUAACGCUGAUGAUAUGGGUACGGAUCACGUAAAGAUACCGAAUUCAAAAAUUGAGGCGAGCGUCAUCGAUAGUAUGGGCCCAGCUGUCGGCGAUAUGCCAACACCAGAUUCUAAAGAAAUGUCGUACACUUUAAACAGCGCAACUCCAGAUACUGGGAAUAUCGACCCAAAAGUCGAGCAUUUGGAUUACAUUUUGUCAAACAAAGGAAGUAAAAACAAUCUCGAUGCCAUAGAGGAUAAUGCUGCUUUUGAUUCAUUUGGAUUCGAAAGCAUCACCGCUUCUAAACCACCUUUCCCUUUGAUCGAAAAACCCUCCAAAAAAGAAAAUAGCGAUUUAGAUUAUUUUCAAAAACGUCAAACUGAUCUUGAGAUAGAAGUUAUGAAAAAUGCUGUUGAAUUGCACAGUGAUAUAUUUUUCCCACAAACUAAUAUCCAAAUUUUUAAUUUAUUAAAUUUUGAUUCGAAAAACGAGCCGGUCUCAUUCUUUGAUUACUCUGCAAUGGAUGAUAAUAGCAUAUUACCCAGAGAUAAAACAUUUGAGCAAAAGUUUUCUCUUCUGUCUAAACUUGAUCCGAUAAAUCGACAUUACUCUCUGCAUUUAGCGCAGAAUUCUGGAAAUGCUGCAAUAGAUGUGUCUUCCAUACCAAUUAAAGAUGAAAAUUUUCUAUUAUUCAUAUGGACCAUUUAUCACAAGACUUAUGGUUUAAAUGAAUUUGCACUUUUCCCGGAGGAGAGAAUUGAUGAACUAAUCAUUAUAUUGAAAUCUCUUGAUGAGGAUUAUCCAAUUAUCCACACAGUCAUAAGAUAUGCGGUAGCUUUGUUCAUGAAAAAUUUGUAUCAUAGAAAAGGUUUAACGGAUCUUUCGGCCAUGUGGGAUACCUAUGUUGUUAUACCAAGCAUGAAGCCGUGCAUUGAUUUGUUGAAUGCUAGAAUGAAUAAACCUAUCAACUAUGCAGAAUGUUCUGCUUUGGCAUUUGGUGCAGCCGUGUUAUUUUCACCCAAUUCUACCGGUGCUAAUACUACUUGGAAGUCACAUCUAACUGGUGUUUACAUUUUAUUAAAGAAAGCUGUUAGUUACUUCAAACCUGAGAUUUUGGAUACAAAGAAAGGGAAAUAUGCAUUUGCACUAUAUGGUAUAACAAAUUCAUUAUUUUGUAGAACGGAGGUGUGUGCAUACAUAGCAUCUGAAAGCGGUGGAGUUUUAACAAAUAAAGAUGAAUUGAAUAGUUUUUAUAAUGUAGAUCCAUUUUCUACGUAUCAUUUACUUAAUCGUCAAUUCGAUCUUGCAGUUGGAUGUAUCCAUACAAUUUAUCCAUCCUGUAGAAAAAUCACCUCUGAAUUAAUACAUUGGAAGCAAAAAAAUAUUAACUUAUCCGGUACUCAUUUUAUUAAAUUUAAGUUUUUGAAUAAGGAUAAAGCAGUACGUGAAGAACUCAAGAAGUUUGGUACUUCUGUAUUGAACUCGAUAACAGAAAUUUAUAAAGACUUAGUUGAGAAUGAUUCCUUCAAAAAAAGUGCAUUGAAGUCGAUAAAAGAUUAUAAAUUAAUAUUCUCCUUAGAAAAUUGUAAUAAAUUAAAUAUGAAUAGUUUGAAAAUGUAUUUGAUGGUUUUCUUCUUGAAUGAAGAUGAAAAAAGUAUCGAUCCAAUAGUCGAAAUACUAGAAGAUUCAUUGAAACAAUGGUACGGUAUUCCUUACAAAGACUCAGUCGGAAUUAAAUGUAACUGGGCUAUAUAUUAUUGUGCCUUAAUUGCGAUUGUUUUAAACUUAGAUAAUUUAUCAGAACAUUUCCUGAAAAUCAUUAAUGAUAUUGCAAAUGAAGGGUUAGAAAUUGCAUUUAGGUCAUGUGAAAGAUUAGAACAUAUAUCUCGGAUGAUCAAAUUAAAGCAAUAUGAUAACCUUGAUGACAGUAAAGUUUCACAAUUUUUAGCAUAUUAA